AUGUCGAGUUCUACAGCAUCAAAUCCAUCUACCUUAUUACCCUUAGAACUGGUUGAUAAGUGCAUUGGUUCAAGAAUUUGGGUUAUUAUGAAAGGAGAAAAAGAAAUCGUUGGUACAUUAACAGGUUUUGACGAUUAUGUUAAUAUGGUACUAGAAGAUGUUGUUGAAUAUGAGAAUACAGUUGACGGAAAGCGAGUAACAAAGCUAGAUACUAUAUUACUAAAUGGUAAUCAUAUCACAAUGUUAGUUCCAGGAGGAGAAGGUCCUGAAGUUUGA